CAGUAAAGUUGCGAAACUCGCGAAGAAAGUUAUUUUGUUUGUUGUCCUAGUUUUAUAUGAACGUAUUAGUUCUAAAAUAUAAAUUUUACUGUGUGUUUACUAGGAAGUUACGCUUGGUAAGGUCAUCAUAAUGAAUCAGUACGUAAUCGAGAGACGCCUAUGCAUAUGUUACGGGAUGCUGGCGCUGCUGCUCACGAUAGCGGUGGUCUUCGUCGCCAUCCCUUUCAACCAUUGGCGCACGACGCUUAAUGUCUGUCCAGGGAACUAUUUUGAGAACACUAAUUGUGGAUGUAUAUUUUAUGGUGUCACUACAUAUAGAAACUUUAAUGGUGGCCACCACUCCAGGUGCAUGUAUGCCACUUUGGCACCAGUACCCAUAUUAAUAUAUGCUAUAAUCAUGGCUCUGUUUCACAUGUACAGAGUUUGUAUAAACAAUGUUGGCAGAUAUGAAGAUGAAAAGUCUACCUCUGUGCAGGAAAUAGAGGGUCAAUCAAUAGUUGUGACAUCAAGGGCUAGAGUGGCUCAACGCAAUGAUUCUGUAAUCUACUGCUGGGUUCCAUCAGCUACUAUUGGUGUUAUUUUCUGUAUUUACAACUUGGUUCAUGCAGCUAUUAUAACAGAUGGAUUUGUUAAAACCUGUAACCAGUAUCGAAGCUACCUUGUCACGGAACUUCGUGCUGCUGGAGACCAAACUACUGCCAUUCACUUCCGUCUCAGCUGUCAAGCUAUUUACGACUAUAUGGACUACAUACAGAAAAACCCGAACGGCAUAAUCACUCAAGGGGAAUAUUACAUAAACACAGGUUUGCUCCUGCAGUUGGCCAUCAUAGCGUCCUGGGUGUCGGUAGCCAUUUGGAUGGCGGUGGUUGUGUUUACAUCCAUGCGCGCAUACAAGGAGCGACACGUGCUGACAUGCUGCGGACAGUAGGUAAUAUUUUAUUAGUGUAAUUUUCGAUAUCGGUAUAAAGGGGAAAUUUCCUGAAUAUACCAUUAUUUAAGUCGAUUAACCCAUAGUACGUGUUUAUCAUCAAGCGUCGUUCGGCUUUGAAGGUUUGCAGUUGGUUAACGAACCUACCAGCGGAUAGUUAUCUUUUGUACCUUAUGCUAACCUACAAGCACAUGACUAUAUACAUAUCAAGUUGUUUAUAAUAAUUUAAAUGGCAGGAUUAGCUUCCAUGCCGGCGAUGUGUGCAAAUUUUUUAGUAAUGUUUAUCUUCAUUAUGCAGAUAAGAAGAGAUAAGCAGUAAUUGCAACAACACGGUUUGUUUCUUUGUUGUCUUGUUAAUUGCCAUGUGUCCUCAGAUAAGCCAAACCAAGCAAUCGUUGAAAAAUACAAAUUUAAGAGAGAACAAAGCGUCCGCACCGUACAAGAGACAGAUGUUGACCGCCAUGUAAACGUAUCCCGUCAGCCUUGCUCAUAUUUAUCGCCGACCAAUUACGUGCUGUCUCAGAUUGCUGGUGCUAGUUCGCCUCGAUAAUCAAAGACUUUUCCGAUUUCUUCAUUAAGUUAGUUAAGCAAAUAAUGUUUUUAAGGAACAUUUUGUCAAGAUCCGGUUUUGAUGACGGGUUCCAUGAGAAAUUUAAAGUAAUUCCUCAAAUCUUGAUGGAUUAGAUUCAGACCUUGAAACCUUAGACGUGCCCGAAGCGCGAAACUUCUUAGUGACAUGACUUGGUUGUCCAGACAAGAACGCGCGCUGCAGAAUGCUGCGUUACUCAUUACAUAAAUUUAAAACGAAAAUCUUUUAAUAAAAGAAAACAUGAGUUCAAAAAGGAUUAAAUAUACAAUAUCUCCCCUUUUUUAUGCGCUAGCAAAUGAUAUGUUUGAAGUCGGUACUAAGCCAAAUUAGUUAUAAUAGCUGUCAAUCCCAUACAACUAAUGGACAUCUUUCUUAUCGAACUGCACCAGGGUCUGCAUUCGGUUCGACAGUAUGUUGACGUCUUUUGACCAAUACAUACAUUACCAAAAGUUAAAAUCCGUACCUAAGGUAUCGAUACCUUAGCGCACACUCGUACUAAUUAUGGUGGUAGUUUUUUGUUUACGGUGUAAUUAGUACCAUACAUAGUGCACAGGUGCACACACCAAGUCAAUUGCAAGAUACUUUUCGCGUGAUUAGUGCAACUAGUGUUAACUAGGGUAGGGGUAGGGUAGGUGGUGGGGUAGGGUAAGGUGUGAAUUUGUAGAUUAAGACCAAGAUUCUGUAAGACUGCAACGAUUUUGAGAGCACAGACUGCAAGUGUUAUUUAGAUACAUACAUAGAAGUUUGACGUUUAAAAUAACACUUGCAGUCUGGGCUAUCAAAAUCACUGCAGACUUAUCUUGGUCUAACUCUAAUCAAGUUUUAAGGCACCGUGGGUUCAGGUUCUUCUCUCACUCUCACUGAGCACCUUAAGUGUUACCGUAAACGUGCUCAACAUCAACAUUGCCUUUAGUCUCUUUCUCAAGUUUUGGAACUAAGUUGCGCAGUUUAAUUAGUUUAACUAGUUUAACUAUAUUAUUAGAAAUUCAAGCUAAAAUUAGCCAAACUUUAGAAAGCUACGGCAAAAAUGAGCUAUUCAUAUAAAAUUAAAUAGCACUUUUAACUAACCGUUACUAAAACAUUAUUGCCUAACUGCCGCUUGGAAAUAUUUAUUGUGUCGGAAUGAGAAGUUUUUAAAGGACAUGACUGAAAAUUGACUUCCGACGUGUGAAGUGAAGCUUUGUUGCGCUGCACACUUUGUACUUUUUUGCAAAUACGCAGCAUGUCAUUUUGGUGCAGAACUUGGGCGGUUGGUGGAAACUUGUCAAGUUCUCAAGCAUUCUCAACACGUACACCACAGACUUGCGUUUCGCGACUAAGAAUUGAUGUUACUAUAAUUACACUUUAACACAUUCGCUGCCAGCGUUUUCCCGCUUUGUAGAGGAAAGCGACUACGAACAGAGAACCCGCCGAGCGGGUUCCCGCCACUCAAUGUGCUAAGCGGAUUACUUUUGAAACGCAUGUUUAGCAAUAGCAGUUUAUAAAUUAUAGUUAUAGGUACUUAGUUUCCGACUUAAUUAAUCUUCUUUGAGUUUUACAUUCUGACUGACUCACUCACAAAUUGUAGGUAUAGGUGUCAAGCUUUUCCGAGGCGAUUGCGCUUCUUAUGAAGUUAACCUUCCCCUCCGAACGCCACGGGCGGACGGAACAGUGUUUAUACAUACCUGCUAGUAAAUAAAUAACAAAUAUUCCAUACGAUACGUACAGGUACUACUUGUACCAAUUCAAAUAUUCGGUUCGAUUAUUCCCACCACAUUUAUAUUACUAAUACCUACAAUUAGUCCUACACAAUACACAACACUGAAUGUUUUUAAAACGGACCACAUAAAGAUUUUUUUUAAGGUCAGACUGAUAAGUGCGCUCAAGGGGAAAAGUGGGAUAACUGCGCCUACUCUAAAUUUUACCGUAGAUGCUUACAGUGAAAUCACAUCUAUCAGCUUCAAGCCAAAUUUAAUGUGAGUUCACCCUUAAAGGCCGCUUUCUUUACUGGGGAAAAACGGUGGAUGGCCUCUCUAACCAACAGAUUAAAGAUUUACGGUCAUAUCUAACUAGUCGUAUCACUGAGGGCCCAAAAUCGCUUGCACAUAAUACUGCCACACCACUCAAAACCACCGCAAUACAUUUGAGAACUCAUUCAGUGUUGACUGUAUUUUAUUUAGUUACACAUUAUUUAUUGCACAGAAAAACUUAAGCACGAUCUAAAUUUUAUUCCAAUCUAGUCAGAUUGUGCGUGAAUAUAUCGUAUGGAAACAAACUAAAAGUGUGUUCAAUUGAAUUCAUGACUUUAUUAACAUGUACUUUAUUAGCUUUACUUGUGUUGUGUUUUUUUGCGUCCGUAUUUAAUAAUUAGUUACCGUUAGGUGGAUCUACUUAAGAUAAUUAACCACGGGUUCGUAUUAGACUUGUCGAGUGCAGCUAUGUCGAUUCAUUCAUGGGCAUCGCCAAGGGGGAACAGAGAACAAAUUUUAGUUACCACUAACUCGGUUUGGUGGUAACUAUGGGAUUUUAUUCCCCAAUUAAUUAUUGGUUAAAGCACCGGUUUUUAUUAGUAUUUAAUGCUAUCCAAAUUUUGGUGGUAACUACUGGGAAAAAAAAUCCCAGUAGUUACUACUGGUAACAACUUGGUGGUAACUAGUGGGAAUAACCCAUAAGAGCAGCAAAAUAAUUUGAUGCAAAUUUAGACUUUUUUCUCGCAGGCUAGUUCGGCUGGUAGAAUUGACUGAAGUGAUGAUUUUGAAUUAUAAAUAUUUAACCCUUAACUGCAUGUUUUUUUUUCUUUUUGCCUGAUAUUAGUAUGUGUUACAUCAUUGUUUACUAAUUCUGGGAAAAAUAAUAAAAAAAACUAAAACAUCGAUUUUCCCUGCUAAAUCAGUGUUAGAAUUUACAUAGGUUAAAUCAUAUCUAUGUAAAUAUAUAAUUUUUAGUAAGAGAUAUAUGAAAAAUGUUACUCCUACCAGAAAGGUACACUAUUUGUGAUAUACCUAUGAUAAAGAUUUUAAAUAUAAAAUAAUUGCUAACCCCGAAAAAUCCGCCUAAAUCACAUUCUAAAAAUAUACCAACUUUUCCACAUUUUCAAAAUUUUUUAAAACUAAAAUACUGCGCAAAUUAGAAUAAAACAUCUGAAAGUGUAUUAAUUUACGAUCGAAAUAAAGGACUAAAUCAAUUUUAUCUAAUUAUGCAUAAAAUUAUAUUUGUUGUGUAGGCUGCAUAAGUACAUCACUAUGCGUUUAAGGGUUAAUAGCAUGCGUGUAGAUUUGAUUUGUACCUAGCGUUUUAUAGUUAGUAUUUAAAAUUUUGUUUCACUCGGUAGCAAAGUUUGUUUAACCCUCGUAUCAUUAAAAUCCUUGCAACUGUAAUAUUUCACUUUACGAACCACUUGCUACGCUCAUGGUUUAAUUUUGGAAUCUUUCGCUUGCUCUGGUGUCAACAUUACCACGAGGAGUUAAACAACAACUUCGCUCCCUUGUAAAAUAAACGUAUGGUGCUGAGUUGCAGACCCGUGGGAGCUUCCCUUUAAGACGUUCACUGCCGGCAUCUAACCUUACAUUACAGUGAGUUUGGUUAGUCUUGUAUCAAUAAUUGAUAAGAAAUUAGGUACCAACAGAAUGUUACCAAUAAUUGGUAACAUUCUGUUGGUACCUAAUUUCUUUGGUAAUAUAACUAAUAUAAUGCCCCACGGCAGUGAACGUGUUUAUAGUCUGGCUAAUACAUUGUUUCCGAAGCAAAGCAACAGAAUACAUGUUUGUUAUUUGCUUUGCAGUGUUAAUAUCCUGAUAUGAGAGUAGAACUACUUAUAAAAAAUUAAUAUUUGUAUUAAUUAUAAUCUAAAUAACGAUGAUUUGCCAAACUCAUCACUAUUAAGAGUCGACAUCGAAGUAGUAGUAGUAUACAAUUGUAAUGAAAUUUGAACAAAUAUUACAAUUCACAUGUAAGAACAUCCAUCUCAGUCUGCUAUCAGAUUUUAAUUCAGCAGACAUCCAGAACAAAUACUUAUAGUCUUUAGUUAAGAAUUGACAUCAUUUAUUUCCUCAUAGUCAGUUAUAAUAUAGCUGUGUGGAAUUUUCAAACCCUUUUAAUUAUUUUACAGCAAUGCAAUGUAACGUAAAAACCACCGAUAUAAUGUUUAUUGUUAGCAAUGUAAGUAUGUUAUAGUUUUAAGUUGAUAUUCCAUAUCCUUGUGCCGUCCAGUAGCUGUAAGGAAUUACUAGAAAGUACACGUAAUUAUACAAAGUACCUAAAUAUAAUAUAUUCAUGCACUACUUUUGUAUAGUUUUUUACUGAUGAGUAUUGAUAUGGGAGUGCAUAGUAAUAAUAAAUUUAAUUAUACACUA